UGUAAAUUUGGACAGAAUAGCGCUUAAAAGAAAACAAACAAACUGAUGACGUUAGUAACGUUCUUGACGUCUAUUAAUUGCUAGCCUAGAGUAUAACAUUAAAAGUUUGAAAAUCCUACUGACAAAUAAAUUUUUUGUUAACUUUAGAGCAUUUUUAUUUUUUAAAAAUACUUUCAUCUUUGAAUUAUUUAGUCAGAUAAAUGUCUUAGCUUUUGUUUUUCUGGACAAUGAGUGAGUUUAAGCUUCAUCAUUUAGUGGUAGAGUUAAUUGAAUUACUGGGAUCUACGUCAUCUCCUGAAAAACAUGUAGAAAAAUUGCUGAAGGAAGGAGCAAAGUCCAGUCCAGUGGGCUUGAGUACAGAUGCCACUCAAAGUUGUGUUCGGCAACUUGCAAAAAACUCGCCAAAUCCAGAGCUGUUCCUAAAAAAGUAUGAAGAGCUCAAGUCAAAGAAAAUGGACAUGCUAGGUCCGUUUAUGCAGUUGUUGGAGUUUAUAUCUGUUGAUAGAGAACUGAAAAGUUUUCUGGCCAAAAAUGCACCUCCAAUAGUAACAGCUUCCUCUGUAAAUACAACCAUUACCAAUGAAGAUGUGCCAAAAAUCUUCAAAAAUGUCAUCAAAGCAGCCAAUGAAGGAGAAAAGAAAUUAAAUAAACAAGUAUGUCCUGUAAAUAAACCGACCGAAGCAGUGACUGCAAAGCACUCGUGGUAUUCAGAGAGGCCACUUUUAUCAUGGGACUUCCAAUCAGAUCCGGCAAUGACACCACAGAAAGUAGUUCCAUCCAUCUCCCAAGAAUCAAUUCUCAUUUGGGACAUAUUACACUGUCUGAAAGGAAUAGAUGGAUCCUACAUAGUAUCAGAACCUUUGGCCAGUUCCUACAGUCCUGUAACAUUCAGAAUAUCACAAGAUGUUGGUGUAUCGCUCAAGCAACUGACGGAACGAAUAUUGCCGCUGGCUUCGUAUUACUCGAUGACUGUUCGCUUCGUAGAAGAUAAAGUUCUUCCAGAACAUGGACAAGUGAACCAUGCUUUGAGAGGAGCUCUGCAUAGCUUACUCAGAGACUAUAUGCUGUUUGUUGUACAAAUGGAAAAUGAACACACUCGGGGAAAGUUGAACUUACAAAAGCUUUUGUUUUACGUUCAACCAAUAAUGACCACCAUGUCCAUAUUAAAUCAUGUAGCUUCCACUAUUUUUAAGGCAAAUGCUCGUGGUGGUAAGGUUUUAAGUCUUCUUCAUGAACAAAUAAAUGAUAUGAGUGGAGAGGCAAAAAGCAAGGAAUUAUGCUUAUUUUUGAUGAAAUCGGCAAGCAUCCCAUAUAUGCAGACAUUGGAAAAAUGGGUGUAUAAAGGUGUAAUAUGUGACCCUCAUCACGAAUUUUUUGUGGAAGACAAUGCACUGAUACAGAAAGAGGAGUUACCUAUGGAUUACUCUGCAGAUUAUUGGGAAAAAAGGUACUCAAUGAAACCAGAAAGAAUUCCCAUCUUUCUGAAUGAAAAUGCACAAACUAUAUUGAGGACUGGCAAAUAUUUUAAUGUUAUUAGACAGUGUGGAAAAACUGUUCAAUGGGGUAAACAAGAACCAUUGGUCUAUCAACAUAGGGAUCAAAAAUUCAUUGCAACUAUCGACAGAGCAUAUUUGGAAGCUGCCAGAACUCUACUUGAAGUGCUUAUUCAAGAAAAUGAUUUAAUGGGUCGCUUACGUAGCGUUAAAAAUUAUUUCUUGCUUGCACAAGGAGACUUUGUGGUCCAAUUUAUGAAUUUGUGCGAAGCUGAGUUAAGUAAGAACAUGUACGAUAUUGUCACACACCGGCUAUCAUCACUUCUGGAAGUAGCAUUGAGAAUGUCUACCGCAGAUACAGACCCUUACAAAGAUGACCUCAAACCGGAGUUGCUGCCUUAUGAUCUACAGUAUCAAAUGUUUAGAAUUUUGACCAUUCAAACGACGGAAGAAAAAGAGUAUUGUUCACAUGCAGAUAAAGUCUUGACGGGCUUGGAAGCCUUCGUUUUCAACUAUGAUGUUAAAUGGCCGGUAUCAUUAGUCAUCAAUAGAAAAGCAAUGGCUUGUUAUCAAAUGUUGUUUAGACACUUGUUCUUCUGUAAGCACGUUGAAAGAUUGUUGUGCAGGGUGUGGAUCAGCAACAAGAUUGCCAAAACGUUUACUCAUGAAGCUGCAAUGGCUUAUCGUCAGGCAUUCUCAUUGAGGCAGCGCAUGUUGGAUUGCAUCCAGCAUCUUGAGUACUACAUGAUGGUGGAGGUCAUAGAACCAAAUUGGUUGACUUUCUUGAAUAAAAUGAGCAAGGUCAGCAACGUCGACGAAGUGCUAAAUGUUCAUCAGGAUCUGCAAGAUAGCUAUUUAAAGGAAUGCAUGCUAACCGACCCAGAGCUAUUGUCAUGCAUAACCGGCAUUUGUGCAGUGUGCAUUGAAUUUUGCAAAUUCAUGCAGUCUGAGUGCAGUGGAAAUUCAAGCGAAGGAACCAGUUUUGAAGAAAAAAUCGUUCUGCUGGACGACCAAUUUACCAACGUUCUUAUUCGGUUUUUAAAUAGAAUUUGCGAUUUAGGCUGUGAUAAUAGUAAUGAAAAACUGCUGAACGUUGUAUGUCGGUUGGAUUUUAAUCUUUUUUACACUCGGAUCCUUGCUCAAAAGGAGUCAGAAAAAAAGUUGCAAAAUGUUUCUGGAUGAUACGUCUAUCAUAGAUACUAUAAAUGUCGCAUCAGAAAUUUGGCUUGUUAUAUUUUUAACGCAAUAUAAAUUUAAAAAAUUACUACGACCAAUAAUUAAAAAAUUUAUUAUUGUUAC